AUGCUUACCAGACUGGUAUACUGUCUGCUCUUGGCAGCUUGUGCUUAUGGAUGUGGCACUCCUGAGAUUGAGCCACUUUUUAGCAAAGUGGUGAAUGGAGAAGAAGCCAGACCGCACAGCUGGCCAUGGCAGAUCUCCAUUCAGUUUAAACAUGGCACCCGCUGGUACCACACCUGUGGAGGGACUCUAAUCGCCCCACGCUGGGUUCUGACUGCUGGACACUGCAUUUUCCCCGGUGAUGUUUAUCGGAUCGUACUAGGGAAGCAUGACCUCAGUGUUCAGGAGGCUACAGAGCAGAUCAGAGACGUCCUUCGCAUCGUUGUCCAUCCUGAAUGGAAUAUUGAGUGUGUUGCAUGCGGAAAUGACAUGGCCUUGCUGAAGCUGGAUAAAGCUCCUGUACUGAGUGAAGCCAUCCAGACAGCCUGCGUUCCACCUGCUGGAGAAAUCCUGCCCCAUGACACACCCUGCUAUGUGAGCGGCUGGGGUGACCUCUACACUCACGGUCCGAUCCCUGACAAGCUUCAGCAGGCCAUGCUACCAGUGGUGGAGUACAGUGUGUGCAGCCAGAGUGACUGGUGGGGCAAAACGGUGAAGCCCACCAUGGUGUGUGCAGGAGGAGACAUUCACUCCAGCUGCAACGGAGACUCUGGUGGUCCGCUAAACUGUAAGGGGAAGGAUGGAAGGUGGUACGUUCAGGGUGUUACAAGUUUUGUGUCGUCUCGCACCUGUAACGAGCUGAAGAAGCCCACGGUGUUCACGCGCACAUCUGCCUUCAACGCCUGGCUGGACGAGGUCAUGCUAAAGUACUGAGAGUCUUCAAAGCAGCGCAACGAACAAUAAACGUAUUCAAUAUGUGCACAACCUUCUUAAUAAAGACUAUUACGUUC